AUGUAUGGAUGGUAUGAACUGCCCAAACAAGAAUUCUUGAACAGCGAACAACCAGUUCAGAUAUUCACGACCAAGAAGUACUGGAUUCUCUUUCGGAUAGGCCCUGAAAGGAGAAGGAAGGCUGGAAUGCCAACAGGCGUCUAUUAUUGA